AUGAUUGAGCAUGUCGCUGCCGACCUGCGAUCGUGUGAAAAAGCAAGAAAUGCAAGCUUGGCUGUCACGGUCAGAAUGAAUGUACCAGCCACAAUCAAAAUCUUGUUGAGAUACACGUACUGCACUCUCCGUGAGCACUCAACCAAUGCAGACAAGGAUCGUGCUGUGGAACGGGAUCCCUUCGGUGAACUCCUACGGAACAGAACAUAUCACCACCUGGUGCAAAUGCCGAAUAUCCGGCACACAGAUUCUGACGACUCUGCCCGGGCUUUGGAUGGGGACCGGCCUUCGCAUGUGACGGAGUCUGUAGAGAAAGAUACACAACACUUCAUUAUUCUCUGGGUUGAAACCACAUCCCAUGUUGCAUCGGAUAAGGGCAAAGAUGUUCGCAGAGCCAAGGUUGGGGAGACAGAUAUCUGGAAAUCCCCUACCACCAAAUCUGCACCAACGUUUUAG